GCUUCGUAUAUGGGGCACAGUGAAGUAGUACAGCAGCUGCUCAACCAUGAUGCAACAAUUAACGCCAAAGAUAAAGAUGGUGGUACUUCAAUUCACCUAGCUUUACUUCGUGGACAUACAGAAGUAGCGCGUCUUCUCAUUGAUAAAGGUGCAGCUAUUGAUUCAGUAAACGAGGAUAGAAUGACUCCAAUUCACAUGGCUGCGCGGAAUGGACAAACAGAAGCAGUGCAGCUACUCAUAGAACGAGGUGCU